CUGCGCCGCACCGCCCCUCUUGACGGGCUCCGCGGAAUAGCUGCGCUCUGCGUGGUCAACUACCAUAUUAUCUCGGCCUUUCACAACUUCGUCAAUUACGGCUACGGGCUUACCCCCGAGGAGGCUCAUCGUGAACCUCAUUGCGCCCACAACAACGAGCCCAUCGAGCACAAUCUGCGCCUCCACCAGCUGCCAAUUAUUCGGCUUGUCUAUUCCGGGUCCGCCCCGGUCUGUAUCUUCUUUGUGCUCUCGGGCUUCGUGCUAUCCUACCGAUCCUGGCAGCUUGUGCGAGCCAGCAAAUUGGAGGCUGUCUUCCCCAGUCUGAGCUCCUCGACCUUCCGCCGCGGGUUCCGCCUCUUCCUGCCCACGACCCUCGCUACGCUGAUCACCAUGAUCUUGAUUCAGACAGGGGCCUGGGAUUAUCCCGCCCAGGUUGCAAUGGAUGCAACCAUCAUUACCGCCGAGAACGAGUACCACCAACCCCGGUUGCCCACUUUCGGGGCGCAGACUGCCCACUGGGCGUCAAUGAUGUGGAACAUGACCAACAUCUUUGCCUGGGAGGAGACCUAUCCCGAGUACGACGUGCAUCUGUGGACCAUCCCGAUGGAGUUCCGGGCCUCGCUCCUGCUGUUCCUCAUUCUCCUGGUGCUGGUGCGGCUCCGCUACCGGUACCGCGUGGCCAGUCUGAUUGGUCUGAUUGCCUACUGCUACGGUCAUGUUCGGUGGGUGAUGGUCCUGUUUUUGGCCGGCAGCUUGCUGGCCGAAACCUCCCUCCGCUGGGACGCUGCCCGAGCCCCUGAGACCAUCAUUCCCGCCAACAACAUGGGGCUUUUCAUCCUCUUCCUCAGGGCGGUGCUCGUCUUGAUCUCCCUGUAUUUCCUCUCCGCCCCAGACAAGUGCAUUCACCGCACCCCGGGCUACAUGACGCUGGCCAAGAUCCUUCCCUCGUGGGACGUGCGCUUCUACCGCGUCUUCCCCUCACUGGGGGCCAUUAUCCUCGUCGGGGUGAUCUCCCACAGCGCCAAGGAGAGUCGCCUUUCGCGAGUGUUCGACGUCCGGCUCGUGCAGUAUCUGGGCUGGAUCAGUUAUUCGAUCUAUAUCGUUCAUGGGCCAUUGAUGCAUGGCUUGGGCUAUCGGCUAUUCCCCCUGAUGUGGCGGAUCACGGGCCACGAGGCAACGGGCCCGUAUCUGAUGGGAUUCUUUCUGGCGUGGUCGACGUUGCUGUUCGUGGUGUUCUGGGUGGCUGAUCGGUUUGCAGUGGCGGUGGAUGAUAACUGUGUGCGGAUUGGAAAGUGGUUGGAAGGGAAAUUG